AUGGCCCCCAAGGCCGCCAAGCAGGUUUUGCCGCCGAAUCCGCCGGCGGAUGAGACGCGCACGUUGCCGCUGGCGUACACGUCUUUCCAUCCGCCGCCGUUUGUGAAUGCCAAAAAUGUGUCGUCGUCGUACCUCAAGACGGAGGCGCAGACGUGGGUGUCGCGCUCGCACCGCCCGACGAAGCGACCCAAGACGGGCGCCGACGGCGACGACGGCGACGACGAUCCCGCGUCGCGCCGCCUCGUGAUCCAUAUCGGCUCGGAAGCGAUCCGCCUCGGCCGCGCUACGGAUCUGUACCCGACAGUGGUGCCGCAUGUCCUGGCGCGCCAGCUGCCGCAUCCGCGCGCGCAGCCGGCGCGGCCGCACGCCACCGAGGCCCAGCUCGAGAUGCUGCGCGCCGAGCUGCGCUCGAUCAUGCGGCAGUACAAGCUGCGUCCCGUGAGCAAUGGGUGGCAGUCGGCGAACAGCUACAACUCGUCGGUGGAGCCGGAGCCGGUGGCGGCGCACAAUGACGUGUACCACGUGGGCUUUGUGGACGAGGGCGAUGCGUCGGUCGUCGUGGGCCACGAGGCGCUGCGCCUGGCGUCGCUGUCGCGCCCGAGUGCGUGGCGCCUGUUUUCGCCGUGGACGCGCGGCAUGCUCAAUGUGACGGGCUAUGCGGCCGAGUACGGCGACGCGUGUAUCGAGGCGCUGCUGGGCGAUGUGCAGCGGAUCCUGACGCAUGCGAUAUCAUCGGCGCCGUCGAAGGCGUCAGGGCCGGCGGACGCCGCGGACGAUGCGGGGCUCGGCAUCCCGACGUCCGAGUACGGCGACUAUGCCGUGCUGCUCCUCGUGCCGGACUCGUUUUCGCGGAGUGACUUGCGGGCGCUGGGUCAUGUGCUGCUGCGCUACAUGGGCUUUUCGGCCCUGCAUGUACAGACGGAGGGCCUGUGCGCGACGUUCGGUGCCGGCCUGAGUGCGGCGUGCGUCGUGGACGUGGGCGCGACGAGCAUCGGCAUUUCCUGUGUGGAAGAGGGCCUGGUGCUGCCUGAGACGCGCGUGGCGCUGUCGUACGGCGGCCAGGACAUGUCGCGCUUCUUUGGCGACGUGCUGCGUGGCUCGAGCUUCCCGUACACGGAUCUGCAGGAAGCGCGGCUCGCGGAUGUACAGCUUCUCCAGGACCUCAAGGAGCGAUUCGUGACGCUGCAGCCGAGUCAGGUCGGUCUGAACUUGUACGAUUUCAUGGUGCGUCUGCCGGGCGAGACGGCGCGCAAGUAUGCUCUGCGGCUGUACGACGAGCCGAUUCUCGCGGGUCUGAUGCUCUUCCACCCGGACGUCGCCGCGCCGCCGCCGAUGCCGCGACGACCGCUGACGUGCGCGCAGCCGGCGCCGGCGGAGGAGGCGGACGAGCCGGAGCCGACGGCUGUGCUGGCCGCUGCGAAUGCCUCGCUGGGUGGUGACGAGGCGGUGGAGCUGUGUGCGUCGGCCGUGCUGGACAUGGCGCCGACGCUUGCCAUGUUGGGAUGCGUCUCUCGGCGUCUUUCGCCGCAGGUCGCGGCGCUCGUGGAUAUGCGGGCUGACGAGGCGUCUGAGGAAGCGCCGCGCGCCGCGCCGACGAUUCCGCAGACGUCGGCGAUGGCGACGCAGGCCGCCAAGUGUGCGUCGGCGGCGGCGCAAGCGGCGCAGGAUGGCAUAGACGUCGUGCAGGCGGCGUCUGUCACGCCGCUGGACCAUGCGGUCUUUCGCAGUCUGCUCGCGUCGACGGGCACCGUGGAUGGGUCGUUUGCGCACGGCGGCGAGGAGCGGCUGCGCCGCCUCGCGAACAAUAUUGUGUGCACCGGCGGGGCGGCGCGUAUACCGGGGCUGUCGGAGGCGCUCGAGGCGCGUGUCUCGAUGCUGCUGGCCGAGCACUAUGCGCCGGCGGACGGGGCGCCGGGAGCGCCGACGACGGCGCCGCAGGCCGUGGUGAUCCCGCCGCCGCGCAACCUGGACCCGGCGUCGCUGGCGUGGAAGGGCCUGGCGGUGAUGGCGCAUCUGGACGCGAUGCAGGAGCUGUGGAUCCAGGCGAGUGAUUGGGACACGCUGGGGUACCGCGCCCUGAAGGAAAAGUCGCUCUUUUUGUAG